AUGACGCCAGGUGAUGACUAUGGCUUUCUAAAACCUCCUGGCAACGAGGAAUACGAAGUGACCUACCGCACACCCUCAAGCUACAAGCCUCUUGACACAUUCAAGCUCCCAGCUGGGCCUGCUCGACACUAUAAACAGCAGUAUGGUGAUAUGUACUUUUUGCGGCUCGCUGGCCUGAAGCCCGCGGUCGAGAAAAUUGCGAAGGAGGCAUGGGAGGGCAUCACGAUCGCCGGAGAACGUGCACGACGCGUGGAUCGAGUACUCGAUGUGCGACAGGGUGAACUGUGCUACGUAGCCGGCACAGUAUAUAUGGAUAUGCCAUUGAAGCCCAAUAUUCUGGAAGAUCUCACCAAGCAGAACUUCACAUCCGCACCACCUCCCCGUCGUACUUACAUCGAUUCAUCCGACCCAACAUUGACCCAGACCACGCUAGAGGAUGCUUCGGGUCGUGUUCGCUUGGCUGGAGACUUUCUUUCAUCUGUUCACCUCACCACUGGUACCGUGAUUGCGGCGUUAGGAACGGAAAAUGCUAAUGGAGACUUCGAGGUCAUCGACCUCAAAGUCCCAGAGUUGCCUCCACAGCCACCAAGAUGGGGAAGUGGAGAUUCAAAACAUAAUGGCAAAGAAUCAGCUGCAAAGGGAUCAGGCAAGAUUGCCUUUGUCAGUGGGCUAGGCAUCACAGGGACAUCGAGUGAUACGCUUGCCCUGGAAUUGCUUACAGAGUACCUUCUUGGGUAUACAGGAUUCUCAGGAAAUGAGGAUAACAGCCCUUCAUCGAGUGCUUCAAAAAUCACACGACUGAUUAUUGCGGGUAACUCCCUCGGAGCUAGCGUGAUAACCGAUGCAGUAUCGGCUGGUGCAGACAACGCUGAGAAGAAGAAAGCUGCCCCAAGGAAGUACGGUUAUGAUGCAUCGGCAUACAAUGCUGCACCCAUCACACAACUAGACAACUUCUUGUCUGAGAUUCUACCAAGUAUCCCUGUCACUCUGAUGCCAGGCGAGGCAGACCCAGCCAACUUUUCCCUUCCCCAACAAGGCAUUCACCGUACCAUGUUUCCAAACUCCAGAGCGUACUGCGCACCCCCACCCUCUGGCGAGGAGAAACCAGAAGCAGGUUGGUUCGACAGUGUUACCAAUCCAUGGGAGGGCGAAGUAGAAGGCUGGCGGCUGUGGGGAACUAGUGGCCAGAAUGUCGACGAUGUUCUACGAUAUCUUGACUUCUCAACUGAGGGCGGAGACGCAGAAAAUGACUCAGAUGACUCCGCGGCUCGCAUGCAGGUGAUGGAAGCCAUGCUCCGGUGGCGGAUUGGCGUUCCCACAGCCCCAGAUACACUCUGGUCUUAUCCUUUCCAAGAAUCGGAUCCGUUUAUCAUUGACUCCUGCCCACAUAUCUUUUUCACAGGAAAUCAACCGUCCUUUAAGACUGCCGUUAUUGAUGGUGACCUUACCUUCCGCCUGGAUGGAGGCGAUACCGAAAUGACAGACUCUGCUGGCGAGACACCUGUCCCUCGAGUUCGACUUCUAUCUCUUCCACGGUUCAAGGAGACAGGGGAGUUAAUUCUGGUUGAUUCCGAGACUCUCGGGGUCGAAGUUAUUAGAUUCGGUGUCUUUGCAGGACAAGAAGAGAAAAAAUGA